GUUAGGAUAAUUGGGUUGUGAAUUAACAGGUCAAUGAUCGUGACUAAUAAUCAUUGUUACAUUUACUAUUUUCGUUUUAUUUGUUGCAAAAAAAUAACCUUUUUAACAAUAAACAAGCCAAUAUUGGGAUCACUCAUUGAGAGUAGUUCAUAUAGAUCUCGUCAGCAAUUUUUCAGAUUCGCGGAAAUUCGUUACACGUUUGAGGAAUAUAUUUUUGUCAGUUUUAGAUAAUUCAUCAACAUUCAAAAGUAUGGACGAGGCAAGAAGAAUUACGCGGAAUCUGUCAUUUAUCAAGAAAACUGUAACUGACAUUGAUAGUGUUAUAGACAUGUUAUUAGAAGAGGACAUUCUUGGAAUGGGAGAAAGAAAUCUGAUAUUGCUGGACGAGGAUCCUAUCCAUUCAGUCCUAGAAAUAGUUAUAAAGAAACAGGCAUAUAAGAAGUUUACAAAGGCAUUACAGAGUACUGGAAAUGAAAGAAUAGUAGCAAAACUGGAAUCGACGGACUUACGAUUAGAAAAAGAAUCGAGUAUAUCAAGUACAGACCAGGACAAUAAGAUAACAGAUAGUGAAUAUAAACAACGCAAGGCUUCCAUACUACAGAAUGAACUUGACGUUUUAACAAAAGAAAAUAAUAAUUUAAAGCAACAACAAGCGCAAAUUCGAAAAGAUCUUAAUUGUAAUCAACAGAGAUUGCUCGAUCUUAACCGAGAAGCUUGUAAAUAUCAGAAAGAGAAUUUAGAAUUGAGUCAGCGACUUUCCAAUCUUAGAAGGGGUGACUUGGUUAACUCUGUUUUUAAUGAUCUUGAGGAUGAGUUGAAAAGGAAAGAGAGCAGAAACACAAAAAUAAAAAAAGAACUUGAUUUGAAGAAUGACGAAGUAACACUUUUGAGAAAUCAGUUAGAUGAACUGAGAACAGAUGUCGACGAAAAGACCGACCAAAUAGCAAUGCUCAGCAGGGAAAUGAAAUAUUUACGUGAGGAACAUACUUCAGCGAGAGCUGAAAGAAGGGAACUCAAACUUAAAGUUGAAAACAUCAACAAAAACUUUGAUGACAAAAUGCAAAAUAUGAUGACUGUUAUAUCAGAAAAUAAUAUCAGAACUCCAAGACAAUCUACCUUUACACGCAUAGCAGCGCAUUCAAGGAAUCAAAUCAAAGAAAGGGGUCAAAAUAGAGAAAGUUCCAUUUUGCCAACGCUUCAAGGAAAAACAUCGGGUACACCGAGGUCAAGCAGUACACAUAACUCAACUAGAAAUUCUCCUAUCAGUCCUAGAGCGAGAGUAACACGCCAACAUCAAUUUAUCUCACCUCAAUUCGUGUUUUCAGCUAAACCCACAGCACAAUGGAAAUAA